AUGGCUUCGGUGAUGAGCACAGGGAAUCUGCAGGCUGGGCUGGGGCUCCUUGCAGGUCAGGCCCUAGAAUAUUUCCUGCAGAUGGCUCACCUCUGCCUGUCUCUGGUUUUUCUCUUGCAGUACAGACCAAGACCAAGACCAAGACCAAGACCGAGACUUGGAGACCUGAUUGAGAUUUUUCGCUUUGGCUAUGAGCACUGGGCCAUCUAUGUGGGAAAUGGCUAUGUGAUCCAUCUGGCUCCCUCUAGUGAAGUUGCCGGAGCUGUUGCGGCCAGUGUCCUGUCCGAGCUGACCAACAAAGCCAUGGUGAAGAAGGAACUGCUGUCUGCGGUGGCUGGGAGAGACAACUACCGGGUCAAUAACAAACAUGAUGACAGAUACGAGCCACUGCCCAUCAACAAAAUCAUCAAGCGGGCAGAGGAGUUGGUGGGGAAGGAGUCUCACUAUUCGCUGACCAGGGACAACUGCGAGCACUUCGUGAAUGAGCUGCGCUAUGGGAUCUCCCGCAGCGACCAGGUCACUGAUGCCUUCAUAACAGUAAGUGUGGCAACAGGCGUCCUGGCUGUUGCAGGCCUUGUGGGGAUGAUGCUGUUCAGAAGCAAGCGGGAAAGGCAAUAA